AUGAAAAAAUCAUGUGGUACUCCAGAAGAGCCAUCGAAUGGAAGAAUUAUUGUGACAGAUGCCUUCCUUGGAUCAGCAGUGAACUACAGCUGUAACGAAGGGUACCGAUUGAUUGGAAAGGAUCAAAGGCGAUGUGAGAUUUCUGGCAAGACUGUUAGAUGGAGUGGUGACGUACCCAUUUGUCAAAAUAUUCCUUGUCUUCCACCUCCAGAUAUCCCUCACGGGAGCUACAGCGACACAUUCACAAGUGACUUCGUUUAUGGGUCAGCUGUGACUUACAAGUGUGACAAGGGAUACACGCUCAUUGGAAAGGACCUUAUUUACUGCACAACAAAGGAUAAGAAAAAUGGAGAGUGGAGUGGGCCUGCCCCGGAGUGUCGAAAGACAGGGAAGCAGUGCUCGUAUCCUCCAGCCAUCACCAAUGGGAAGCACAGUGGGCAGGCUCACGUUUUUGCCAUUGGAACAUCUGUCACUUACUCCUGCGACCCUGGCUACACUGAUCGGAAGGGCACAGAUUCAUUGUACAGCAUCCGAAGUUUGGACCUACCCCAUCCCCCACUGUAAAGUUUCAUCAGCUGGUUGUAGAGUCCCAGAAGUUUGGCAUGGAAAAAUAAGUGACUUGAAACCUGCCUACAGCCCUGGAGAGACUCUUCUGGUUGAGUGUGAUCCUGGAAGCAUCCUGAAGAGCACGCAGGAGGCUCAGUGCCAAGAUGAUGGCACAUGGGCCCCUGAAGUCCCCGUCUGUGAACCAGGUUCCCAUACCAUUGUCCCAGCAGUCUUGGGUAAGUAGCUUAUCAGAAACAUCUGAGACUGUACCCACAGCUGGUGUGAAGUGAUGUUGCUCUAUCACUUUGGUGGAGCUAAUCCAUGUUAGUGUAGCUGAGGAUCUGGUCCACUGUUCGUGCACAUUCAAGGUCUCUGCUCUCAAACCUUUGCUUAUCUGUACCAAGAGAUUAUUACUUCUGUAAUCCGCUGGCCUUGGUUCAAAGGUUCCCUCCCUCCCAGGUGGAGUCCACUGGGACCACACUUCCAUUGCCUAGUUCACAAAAACAGCCAAACACAUGGCAAAGUCAUUUUGGCCCUGGUGUUGGUCACCGCUGCAUUCUGCAGCUUUGCUGUGUGAUAUUCUCUCAAGCAGCUGGCUUAUCAGCUCAAGUCUUCUAGUUUUGAUAUGUCACAACACAGUUGCUCCCCUCAGUUUCUAUGGCUUGAAGUGCCCUGGUCUCUGAAUGGUGGGUUGUGCUUGCUGAUCCCUUUGGGAAGAAUGGAAAGCUCCAGUUCUUUGUGCCAGUAUGAGCACAUGUUCCAUGCAGGAUCAUCAGAAAAUUACUUCACUAUUAAUGAAGCCUUUUGGAUUCAGGAACCAGGAGGCUGGCUUUUGGCUAAAGAUCCAAGCCUGGUAGGGGAAUAACCUGGAACGUUAACAAUAUAACUGCUGCACGCUGUUCUGCCCGUGGAGGAAUGUUGUAUCCCCUCUGUUCACUUUCAUUCUUCACUUAGGGAUAUCAGGGCAAUUCACACACUGCAGGGGCCAAUACCCACAUUUCCAUAUGUUUUCAACCUAUUUGGCUGACUAAUACUAUGUAUUUUUUUUUUGUUCAGGAGUCUUAGGGACAGUGUUGCUGUUUGUCCUUCUUCUGGCCAUGACCGGGAGAAUUAUUUGCUGGAAGAAAGAUGGGUGAGGCCCUCCAUACAUUUCCUUUUGUUUCCUUGUGUGCAUACACUAUGGCUUAGCUGCAUAAAUGUAAUUCUGGUAAAUUGUUUCAGUAAAUCAUAAUCUAAAAAUGCAAGAAACACUGGCAGAAAAUAGAAGAGGUCAUCAGUAGUGUAAUCUUGUGAUUCUCUGGCUGCUGAGAGUUCACCGCCAUACUCGAUUCGUGGCGUAUUCAAAAGAAAAAGCCUCCCACCACUGGGCUCCUUAAAUUAAAUUUGAGGGCCAGAUUUUGGUGGUGUUUCCCCUUGGUUUGAGAGAAGGCCUUUAGGGAAGGAGCCUGUUUCUCUUUUCUGUCAUAUGCUAUUUAAAAAUAUUGGAGAAAUGUGUGUUUCUGUUUUUUUAUUUUCAUUUUUUUGUUUCAACUAUCUGAAAUAUCAAUGAUAUGGCCUCCCUGAGAUUUGCUUUAUGGCAUUUAUGGGACUGUAAGAGAGGUCAUUUACAUUACACGAAUGCAUUUUUCGUCUCCAAAAUGAAUAAAUAUAUAAAUAAAUAAAUAAAUAUGAUCAUUUUCUGGUUGCUUAACCCCAAGAUAAUCUGGUCUACACGUGUGUCACUUUUUAUGAAGCCAAAUAUCACUAUAUGUUAAAACCAACUGACAGUAGAAGCUGAAAAGUCAAAAUAUUUAGACUUUGAACAGUCUAAAAGUCAGAAUUGAAUUUCAAUUAAAACAAUUGAAUAUGAAUUCUUGAAUAGUUUUUGUUAGGAGAAAUAUUCAUGUUGGGUACAUACUUUUUGCCUGGAAAGUUUUGCUUAGCUUUAAAGAGAGAAAAUGGAAUAAUCAAGAACAGAAAGCUUUCCUUCUUCUUCAAUGCAGUCCUGAAAAAAUUAACUAACUCAUCUCUAUGUCUGCUGAUGUU